UCACCUAGGCGACGAUGUCGCUUGUAACGAAACACACAGAGGAAAGAACUCAUUGCUGUCCGUUCCGUCCAGUAAUGGUUUGCUCUUGAAGGCGUGAGAAACAUAUCAGUUCAUGUAAUUAGUGCUGGAAUCAGGAUCGCACGAAAUGAGCAAAUCUCCCUCAUCGGAAACCACCAGCGAAACGCUGAGCGUCAGCGACGAAUCCAUCGCCACAUCGGUGGCAAAUUCGGUUGCUUUGGCGAGGGUGAAUGCGGCAAAACCUGCCAAGAAGGCUGUGAAGGAAGAAGCUAAGGAGCGUCCACCGUGGCGUCCAGCCACCCAAACGAAGGUCGGCGGUGCAUCGAAGAUGGACCUCCGGGCUAGAAUUUUGGACGUUUCCAAACGGUUGCGUCGAGUGAAUGCGGCCGCCCAAACGGACCCGGUGCGUACAAAGUUGAUGAGGGACGCAUCGACAGAGGAACAAAAAGAUCUGAUUCCAAUGAUGGACGAGGAAAUUCUCACGGAUGGUAAUUUGGUGAUGAGAAAUGCUGGAAAUCUUAUUCUGACACAUUCUGUGGCACAAAUGACGGACACAAACCCCACGCGAGACGUGGGCACACAAACAGCGAUGCCACGUAGUGCUGUUUCGUUUCGUAAAUUUCUGGAACCUGCAGGGAGUGAACCCAUCUCUUCAAGCAUUCUAGAGGACACGAAUUAUUCCUCCAGCUUUGAAGAGCUGAUGAAGAUCAGAGAGUGGUCAAAUUCGGCUGACGAAGACGUGAAACCAAUCGAGGAGAAUCAAUUUGCUAGCAGGAGCGAUGCCAUAAAUGAGCAAAAUACUCCAGACCUUCUAGCCGGGUCAUCUCAGGAUCCUGAAUUGUACAGGCCAAGAUUUUUGGAGCCUCCCACCUACAACUCUUGGCAAAAUCUGGACUUUUCCGAUGAAGAAUCCGAUCAUUACGUAGCCCGUGAGCUGCCCCGGAGAACUGUUGGUGAAGGUGAUCGACCCUGGGCGGAAUUCAAGGACCUUGUGAUAGGAUCUCGUCUCGCGAAUAUGCGCUUGUCGCCCAUAACCCCACGUAGAGCUCGUCCGAACAAGAAAACCGUCACGUGGAGUGACACACAUCGGCAAGCAUUCUCGGAGCUGCUGCAAGACGCGAACGCUCUGGUCGAUAUGUUUGACCAGGUUUCAAUGCUGCUGGGACCGGACGUUAAACUACAUGCCAUUCCACUCCAGGAGGAAUUCAAACUACCGCCGCCAAAAUGGGAACCCAUUCUGACGAAAUCGUGCGAUCUUCUGGAGGAGAAACUGGCCCAAAUUCGUCAUCUAAAUGACGACCUCGAUAGCGAGCUGUUCAAGGAACCGAUUGAGUUUCAGUCGCCACAGUUCAUCAAUGAUAUUGAGGCAAGUCUGUGAACAUGGAUCGUUAAUGAAGUACCAAAUUGGAUUAAGAAUUAAUUUAUUCAAUUAACAGAGCAACUUAAUAGAUGUGUUGCAUUUAUGUAUUCAUUGUAACAUGUUCCCAAUAAAUUUCGACAAAUAGAUGUA